AGUGAUAUCUUUGAAAAAAGUAAUGUUAUAAAAAGAACAAACAGCUGUGUGUUGGACAGCGAGUACAGGUGGAGCACAGCUACGAUGAACAAUAUCCUAUUUUACUUGAUUAUCCUACUGAAACGGAUGCCAUAAUGUUACUGCUUUUAUUGGUUAUGGUAUGGUUGGGUGCGGUGGGCGCGCAGCCGCCGCCGCAGGAGCGCUGCCUCACCGGCUACAUGACAGACGUACAGAGCUGGGUCGACGACCGCGGAAAGCUCACUGAGAGAGCACCUCGAGAUAGUAAGAUCGACGUGUCGUAUCAGUUCAACGCGAAUCGCCGGCUGCACCAGCAGCUGGAAGCCUACUCCUGCGCCAACGGCAGCUCCGUGCAAUACCUCAGCAUGGCUAGGAAUCAGCUGCAACUCGUGCCCAAGAUCUUCCAAUUCACCGAUCGUUGUGGCCGGCCUCUAUCAGACACACUAGUCUAUAUGACACUGGCUGGCAACUUCUUCUAUGCAACUAAUUUCGAAAGACCUAAGUUCGAAGAGCAUAUGAAUGCGACCAAUGCGAUAGUUGUACCUGACGCGGUCGACGUGCUCGCGUCUGAAAUGUGGUCGUCCGGCUUCCACGGGGUCCAGUUUAAAAAUUUACGUCAAUUAGAUUUACGGCUCUGUGGCAUCAGAGAAUUGGAAGAUUCUCCGUUCAGAAAUAUGCCGAAUCUUGAAAAAUUAUUUCUCGGGGAAAACAAUAUUUAUGUAAUCAAUGAAAACUCCUUCAAGGGCUUAUCGAAUCUUAUUCAUUUGGAUAUAAGCAGAAACUAUGAAUACAAUACGAAUGAAAUAUAUCGAGGCCUGUUCUUUGGCGAUUUAAAAGUUUUCUCGAGAUUUACACGAUUAAAAACAUUAGAUUUAUCAUACACUAAGAUGCGACAAGAAAAUCUCCACGCGAUAAAAAAAAUAAGAAGUUUACAGAGUUUAUCAAUAUGUGAGACAGAGUUGACAAACAUGGAAGCGAGCUGGCUGGCGGGCACCUCCGUCAAAUAUCUAGAUGUGUCCGGGAAUCAAAACAUAUUUAAAGAUAUAAAAGCCUUGCAAGGCCUUAAGUCCACAUUACAAGUAGUGUAUGCUAACGAUAUCGCUCUAAACAGUCUAGAUGUUUUUGAUAGUUUAUCUUCAUUGGAAAUAUUACUAGUGUCGAAUAAUGAAAUAUCCACAAUAAAGAAGAAAGUAGCUAAAAGCCUUAUCAAUCUUCAGGCCUUGAUUCUGGACAUGAACAGACUUACGACCUGGUUCAGGCCUACUAUAGUUCUGAUGCCGAACCUAAAAUUUUUGUCAAUGAGAAACAACAUCAUUAACUUAAUUUCGGAGGAGAUGGAAAAUGAUUUUGAAAAUUUAAUGUACAUUGGAAUUUCAGGUAAUUUCGUCGUAUGCAAUUGUAACGCGAGAGAACUGUUUCUGCUAGCUUUGAGAAAUGAAAAGAUUCUGCCGGAUCAAUUUAUUCAUUCAAUUAAUAAUAGCGAUGAUAAUGGAAGUACAGUAUAUCACACCGGAUUUAGAGACAUUAAUUAUUUAAUAUCGAACAGAAAGCGAGUCAAGUCUGUUUGCGCCAACAACGAGUGUAAGGAAGAUCUCAGUUCCAAAUCUUCUGGAAACUUCCAGUUGUUUGACUACGACGACAGCACGUACACGUGUCUGCUGGUGGUGGAAGGCAGGACCACAAAGUUCGCCACGAUACCGUCGUGCGGCGCGCGCAGUGAAAUCGGUAUCGAUGAUGUUAUUUCGAAUACUCUGGAAAAAUUAUACUAUUUGGUAAUACCGUUGUUUGUAUUACCGUUUCUUAUAUUUGGAUAUAUUUUUAGACGGAAUAUCAGAUAUUUCUUUAUAACUAUGAGAAAUUCAACAAUGCUUAGUUUAAUCAAUAAUGAAGAUAUUAUAGAUGAGAACACCAUCUUCAACUACGACGUGUUCGUGUCGUACUGCCACGAGGACCGCGGCUGGGUGCUGGACCAGCUGCUGCCGCACGUCGAGGUCGACGCCAACGUCAGCGUCUGUCUGCACGAGCGGGACUUCAUGGUGGGAUUAUCCAUCCUUGAGAAUAUCGUUUCGUGCAUGGAUCGUUCGAAGACUAUUCUACUGAUCCUGUCACGGAAGUUCCUGUUGAGUCAAUGGUGUCAGUUUGAAAUGCAUUUAGCUCAACACAGACUGCUUGAGACGAGACGGGAGGAUCUGAUACUAGUCCUUCUAGAAGAAAUUCCCCGACGUCUGCGGCCCAACACCCUGCACUACUUAAUGCUGACCAACACGUACGUCGUCUGGCCAAAGGAAAAAGCCGAACAAACUAUGUUCUGGAGAAGACUGAAUAAGAGUUUACUAACGCAUAAAAUGAGACAAGCAAACAAUGACUCCAUAGCAUGAUGAAUAUACAAUGGUUAAGGAAAUAGCAGUUCAUAUUUUUAUACCAUUUUCGUUAUACCUU